UAUUUCUAUCUUCUCAAUUUCUUCUUUCAACCAAACACACCCUACAUUCUUAUGUCCCAACGCUUUAUCCACUUUUUUGAAGCUGCAAAGCUAAGCUUUUGCAAUGAAGUAGUUUUUCACGGUGAUUCCGGUCGAGCCGCAGAAUCAAACAUGCUAUAAAUAAAAAAUAACCUUAAUAUGUAUUUUAUCAUAAUUAAAAUUUCAUGGAAUAAUCUGCAAUUCCUUAAAAAAAAAAUGUAAUAAUCUGCAAUAACACUAAAAUAGAAAAUGUAAUUAAAAUUUAACAAACCCGAAUUGCACUUACCUUUAAUUGUUUGAUUUAAACAAUUUUGUAUGCAAAUGACAAAAUGCAGAUGAAUUGAGACAUAAUCUGAAUUGUAGGUAAAAUUCAAAGGAACAUAUUUAUAUGUCAAAAAAAAAAAAACAGAUCUAAACAAAUUAGACCAAGUUCUGUCGUGGAACAGAGUUAGAGUCGAUUGAGGUUGAGACGGGCUUUGCGACGAAAGUGGACUCUGUAGUGGCGAGCUAUUCCAAAGUUUCACUAUGUUUUCAGGUUCAACAACUGGGAGUUACUUGGAACUUAGAGCCACAAACUUCCACAAAAGACCGAUUCCAGGUUUAGUUUCUUGUUUUUGCUUGUAUUGUUUGAAAGCAUCAUAUUCAUGGAUCUACGUCAUAAAUCGUAAAUGAGCCACUAUUUAAAUGAAAGCCUAAUGAAGGGAUGAGAGGAAAUAAGCAUCAAAUUUCGAAGUACCAGGUUCUAUCUGAAACAUUUAAAUAUAAUUUCUGUAGGUUUGAGAGGAAAUAAGCUUCAAUUUUCUAGCAUAAGAUUCGGUCCAAAGUAUGAAGUUUCCUGCAAACUUACUGAGUUGGCAAACGUUUCAUGUUCAUCAAAGGAACCUGAAAAGAUUAAGCCUUUGGUUAAGAUGUGUGGCAUUACAUCAGCUAAAGAUGCUGCUAUGGCGGCCGAAGCUGGAGCAAACUUUAUUGGAAUGAUCGUGUGGCCAAACUCAAAACGUUCUGUUUCACUUUCUGUUGCAAAGGAGAUAUCAAAAGUUGCAAGAGAUUAUGGAGCAGAGCCUGUUGGAGUAUUUGUGGAUGAUGAUGCAGAAACAAUAUUAAGAGCUUCUGAUGCAUCAAAUCUUGAGUUUGUGCAGCUUCAUGGAUCUGGUUCGCGGGCAGCUUUCCCAUCUUUGAUUCAGGAAAGUCGUGUAAUAUAUGUUCUCCAUGCAAAUGCUGAUGGGAGCCUUUUAAACACAAUUCCUGAUGAAGAGUGUCCUCUAGUUGAUUGGGUUCUGGUAGAUAGUGCAAAGGGUGGCAGUGGGGAAGCAUUUGAUUGGGCCCAGUUUAAAUUACCAAAAAUUAGAAGCAAAUAUGGCUGGCUCUUGGCAGGAGGGGUCAAUCCUGAGAAUGUUGGUGAGGCUUUGUCUAGUCUCAAACCUGGAGGAGUGGAUGUGAGUAGCGGCAUAUGUGCAUCAGAUGGCAUUCAGAAGGAUCAAUCAAGAAUAGCUUCCUUCAUGGAUGCAGUACAUUCUGUUCAGUACUGAGUUGCCUUAAAUUAUUGUGAACCUCAAGAAAGGUGAUUUUGUAAUUUCGAAAUAUAUCCAUUUUGUUUUCAAGUCCAUUUGUAUUCCCAAAGUUCUUUCUUCUUUAGACUGCUUUUUAGGCAUGAGAAUAUUGUAAUGCUGGCUGAUAUAUCAUAUAUGGACACAUACUUCAUUUACAAAUAUGAAUAAAAGAAUUUGAUGCUGAUAUAGUGAUACUGAUA